UUACAAGAGCUGGAUAAUGAGGACUUUAAUAUCGUCGACCAUCUGAAUCAAGGAUUCUUUAAGGAGAGUUUUAUCGCCCCUUGCCUCGGAGAUCAAAGCAAACCAUGCAGCAACAACCUUAAAACUGCAAACUGCAAACUGAUCAACAAGCACAGGCACACGUUCCUCAAGGAAAUCAAGUUUGAGUGCCCGCAGCUCAUUGGUGCGGCCUUUGUUGCUAAUUAUGAGGGUACAACAAUCCUCGCCGCAUAUAAAUCCCAUGUGUCUCAGCGCUUUAGCGGGCAGUUGAAACAUAUGGUCAACAUAGAACUUGACGUAAAGAAAAGGACUAAACAGCGGCACGAGAUUCUUAAGAGUGAGGAUGGCCAUACCGAAAAACAAAUACAACAAUGCAUUAGCAAGGAGAUCAGAAUUCCAGCAGGCAGGAUGAAGUGGGCUCUGCUGUGUGCUAAGACCAGCAAAGACAGCAAGCAGAUCAACUCCAAGCAUACUUCAGACUCUAUUCUCCGUGACAGGGUGGCGGGCCUAAUUGAGAGCUUCUUUGGCACCUACCCUGAGGACUACAUCUUCAGUGACAAUGGACUCAAGUAUGAUUCUGUGGCUAAGCCAGUAAACCACUUUGGGGCUUCUGUUGAGAUGUUCCGGUCUUUAAAGCUCAACGAGGCUGUGAAUACAAUUUCCCUCUUUCCGACGAGGACGUCUAUUGUACUGGGUUUUACUACGCUCGACAAGACCAUUCUUGCACGGGGUAUUCUGCCUAUCACAAAGAGCCGACUUAAAGCGCUGCACAAUGGGAAG